AUGAGCUUGAAUGAGCUGAAGCCAAAUGAUCCAAAGCCCGAAGAAGAAGCACCAAAAAAAAGAAAGCCUCUGUCAAGACUUCCUGUUGGAGGCCCAGACUACUCGAAACAAACACUGAAAAAGAAUCCGAUUGAAUUUAUGACAUGGAAAGCUGUUGUUGUCUUUGUCAUAUUUGGUUCUGCCCUCACUUAUGUAUUCACCAGUGAGAAAGAAAAGCUUAAAUUAAGAAGGGAAGCUGAACAAAACCGGGGUGUGGGUAAACCAUUAAUCGGUGGGCCAUUCAAUUUGAUUGAUACUGAAGGAAAGCCAUUCACACAGGAAAACCUGAAGGGCAAGUUUUCCAUUAUUUACUUCGGGUUCACACAUUGUCCUGAUAUCUGUCCUGACGAGUUGGAUAAAUUGGGCUUGAUCUUGGAUGGACUCAAAUCAAAGUAUAACAUUGAGCUUCAACCAAUCUUCAUUACUUGUGAUCCAGCAAGGGACUCCCCAGAGGUUGUCAAAGAAUAUUUGAAGGAUUUCCACCCUUCAAUUAUUGGGCUGACUGGAGACUACGAUGAGAUCAAGAAAUGUUGUAAGAACUACAGAGUUUACUUUUCGACCCCCCGCAAUGUCAAGCCAGGUCAAGAUUACUUGGUUGACCACUCUAUCUUCUUUUAUUUCAUGGAUCCUGAAGGUGAGUUCAUCGAUGUCUUGGGUCGCCAGUAUGAUGCUGAGGAGGCAAUCGACAAGAUCAAGUCCAACAUAUCCGUCUACCAGCCUCGGGCGGAAAGGGAAAAGGCCAAGGCUGGGUGGUUGGGAUUCCUGUACAAAUAA